AUGACCAAAUUUGUUAUUUUACUAAAAAAUAAGACGAUCCCAGAUGAUCCGUAUGAACUUAAAUUUGAAAAAGAAGGUUAUUCAACAAAAUUCAUUCCCUUAUUGAAGCAUUCUCAUUCUGAUAAAGAUGCAACUAAAAAGUAUCUAUGUAGUGAGGAGUUCAUGCAAACACCUAUCUUCAUAAUAACGAGUCAGAGAGCGGUUGAAAUACUUAACGAAUGUAUCUCCGAGCUUCAAGACGAAGCGAUUAAACAGCGCAUUUUUACAAAGAUAGGAUAUACAGUGGGCCCCGCUACGGACCAAGCUUUGAAAGAUGCCGGAUUUCAUAAUAUAAGAGGCGGUAAGAGAGCUGGAAAUGGCUCUAUAUUGUCCAACAUCAUCAUAGAUGAAAUACAAAAUGAUCAGAAGAUAGUUUUUAUAACAGGAGAAAUUAGAAAAGAUAUUAUUCCUAGGAAACUUAAAGAUAAUGGGUUCCAGCUCUCUGAACGAGUGAUAUACAAAACAAAACCAAGAACUGACAUAAUUAAUAACUUUAAGCGGGAGUGGGAAAAUGCUCCACAGAACCCAUGGCUAGUGUUUUUCAGUCCUCAAGGAACGGAGGAAAUUGUAAGUCAUAUUGUCAAUACAGGAGCUACUGUAAAGAUUGCAUCAAUUGGUCCAACAACGAAAGAGUACUUAGACAAAAAAUCAUUAACGCCACACAUUGUUUCCAAAAAGCCAGAGGCAGGAUCACUUUAUGAAUCAGUUUUUGAUUUCGACGGGUAA